CUUGGAAUUCACCAAGUGGCGCUUCUGUACCAUAAUGGAUUCUCAAGCGUUCGCUUUUUCGAUGCGUUUCGACGAAUCAGAAUGCUUCUUUAAAAGUUUCAGAUAUACUACUAGUAGUACUUUUUUUUUUGGACAAACUAGUAGUAGUACUAUUGUUUUGCCUUUUUAAUCAGAAAGUCGCAAUAAUGAAUGAUAUCUCUCUCCUUUGCUUUGACCUUACAAAAACUAAAAUAUCUUUUUCGGUCGGCGUAGUAGUAUAAAAUAUCUUUUGGUUCGAAAAAAAACGAAAGAUAUUUUCUUGACGGGAAAGAAAGGGGGAAACUAACAAAUAUCUGCCAAAUUAGAUACGUAUGUAUAACGACGAGACCAUAUAGAUAAUUAAUUAAUUAUUGUCAUGUAACUGUGCACAAUAUUUAAAUAUAAAUAGUACUAGUAGAUUUUAUUCACCAAUGUAACAAAUAUUCGCUUCUGCAAUGAUGAUGAUAGAUCGAUCUCUUUUGUCCUUUUCUUCUUUAUUCUAUUGUUCACCGGUUCACUAAACCCUUUUUUUUUUUUUUUGCCAUCUAAUAGGUUUAUUAAGGGACAAAGCCCAACAGGAAAUCCCACAUACAUUACCAAAAAAAAACAAACACAAAAGGAUAGAAAACUAAAUGGGUUUUAAGCCCAACCCACGAAACCGGCCCAAAUCAUUAACCGGAUCAGCGCCUCCAUUACCCGGCGCGAUAAGCCCAACAUCAGCACCUCAAGCCCACAAGACCUCACACACACACGUGUCGAUUAAUUAUCAAGGCCAAACACACGUGUUGAACUCCUCACCGAUGAGGAACACGUGUUUCACCGACACCUCUACCUUUCACUUCUUCGAACAUCGUCACCAGAGCCAUCACCGGCGUUACAUCGAAGUAUCACCGGAAUAGAAACUCCGUGGCACAAAUCCAUCGUCUUCCACGAAGAGCAUCAUCGACCAAUCGAGAUCUCAUCCAAGGAAGAACCCAAACUCCGAUCCAGUCAAGAUCUCAAACACCAACCCAAUCGAGAUCUUCUUACUUGCCUUGAUUUCGUGUAUCGGAGAGCAUACAAUCGACCCAGUCGAGAUCUUCUCCGACUCCCAGAGAAUCAAAGCUUUAAACCCAUUGAUUGCAUCACAAAGGAAAAUAAACUUCUAUUGUCGACGGCGCAGAGCUUCUGAAGCCUCUACCUCCCCGAGAUCAAAAGCCGACGACGACAAGGCUGAAAGAGCCUCUGUCUCCCGGAAUCAAAACAUUUGGUAGAACACCAGAGAAAGCUUCGUCUAAUCUCAUCUCCGUUAAGAAACGAAGAGAGAGAAAGAAAAGUCUCGGGCUCCGCCUGAGUGAAUUUUAAAAAAAAGGUGAACUCACCGGUUCACUAAACCCAUUUCUUUUACGAAUAAUCGAAUAUAUGAAUAAAUUAAGAUAAAAGAGUUUUACUUAUUGCCGAAAUCCAUAGUCGAUGAUCCCAUUUGACUCGCAUAAAAAAGUUUGAAGGAUUAAAAGAAAAAAAAGAAGCAAAACGUGAACAGACAAUAAAAAAUGGUUGAAUGAUUUUUUUAGUUGAUGAAUUUCUCUGCAACUUUAAAAAAAAAAAAUUAGAAAACAAUUGUUACAGAAGUGUCCUAAAUUCUAAAUCACACUCUAAAAUAUACCUAACUCUAUGUUUCAAAUGCUCAAUAUCUUUCCUUUCUUAUUCUAUUCAUUUUUGCUCGGUAAGCAUUAUAAGAAAUAAAGCUGAGUAAAACUUGGUUAAGCUUUACGGUUAGUGUUUAGUCAAAACGGAUGUAAAGUUAGCUUAUAUUACUAAGCAUGACCCAUAACUGUAUAUUUGUUAAUACAACUUGAAAAUACAAAAUCGACGAUAAUGGAAGCAAAAAGGAGAGAAAAAGAGCUAAAGAUAAGACGCACUGAGAGAUUGGGCAAAAAUAACAAGUUGAAUAUGAUGCUGGAAUGUUAGUUAGAUAAGAUUCUAGGACGAUCCGAACUUCCGAAGUCUCGUACAAAAACAUCGUAUUCUUAUUCCUCGAAUAUAAAACCACCGGCUUAUAUUAGAGGCAGCUGAUGACACUUCACUUAUUUUUCUUAAGAUAACAUUAAUUAUCUUAUUAAUUCUUCACUAGUGCCUUUCUAUGAACUUAACACCAACUUUUUUGUUAUUUCUUUAUUAUAUGCCUCUCCCACCAAUCACGACUUAAAACAUCAAUAAUACUACUCUCUCCGUUUUGUUAAUAUAAAUUGUUUUAGAAUCGUGCACACAAAUUAAGAAAAUCAAUAAUUUCUUACAUUUUCUAAACAAAAACAUCACUAAUUAUUUACUUAACCAUAAAUCAACCAAUAAUAAAAUAGAAGGUACAAUAAUAUAACAUUAACUUUUAAUAAAUUUUAUAUAAAAAAUCAAAAACGUCAUAUAAUUUAAAACAUAAAAAUUUCUCUAAAACGACUCAUAUUAAAAAAAAAUGGAUGGAGUAUUAAAUAUCCUAUUCCUAGGAGGACAUCAUUAGCUGUGUGACAUAAGGAGAUUAUCUCAUGAGUUGACCUAACCUAACCUUUUAUACCAGAAUCCCAAAAAGCUCUUUCAAAUCUUUGAGGUUUCAAUAUUUGGUAGAAAAGAACCGCACAAAAAAAAGGAAGUGGAACUAUUUCUCAUAGAAAGAUCCUAAGAGACAUGGGUUUUGACUCAGCUGAGCAAAAGAGUCUUUUUUUUUUUGUUUGAACGGCUGAGCAAAAGAGUUUUAACAAAAAGCUACAAUAAAGAGCCAGGUCUUGGCAGUAAUGGGUCAUAUUAUUGUAAGGUUUUUCUAAUUACGUUAAUGGACCGAACUGACUAUAAAUAUAGCGUCCCAUAAUACUGGUGGACUUGUAUUUUUUUUUCCUGGUGGAAUUUUUACAUUAUCAAGUAAUCAAAUCAAGUAUCAUAUAAAUAAUUUAGAUACCAAUUUUUAUUCGUAGUUUGAUUAGACUAAAAUUAAAUAAAAAAAAUGGAUGACAUAUAUAAAUUUUUGUAUGUACUAUUUUUACAAUUCAUAAUUUAUGUAAUAUAUUAUUUUGUAUAAAAACUAGAGCUUAUGGGUUUAUAGAAAUGAUAACACUAAUUCAAGUUUUAGUUUUAUUUAGGAGAAAAUUAAUAAAAAGGUGCAUUUACAUUUUCUAAGAUAAAUAAUUUUGAUAUUAUUAUGUAAUAUAUUCAUACUGACUCAAAGUAAAAAAAAAAUUAAUUAUGUCAAAUCCUAUAGUCUAGACUCAGAUGAAAUAUUUCCCUACUUGAUAUAUCGACUUAAGUUUAUGAAUUCAUCCUACUUUUGGUUCCUUUAUAAAAAAAAUGUUUAAUUGAUAUUUUGAAUUUUGAAAAAACCCCCAUUCUAUAAUCCAAAAUCUUAAAAACAAAUUCGAACCAAAUUAAUCGGGAGAAAAAGAGACUGAAAAAAAAGAAAAAAAAAGUGAGAAGUAAUUUAUAUGGUGGACCAAAAAACAAGGAGUAUGUAUUUGACAUAUUGUUAAUUAUUCGUAAAUCGACAAUGUGGAGCAGUUAUGUGUUAAGUGGUGUACAAAUGAUUCUCUUUAUUUAGCUCACUCGAUCGAGAUCUCCUUAGUUUCAGCAUCAUCUUUCACUCUCUCACUCGCAAACACACCAAUACGAAGCAUAAUAGUGGAAUAAGAAAAAGAAAGUGGAAGUUAGGGAUGAGAGAUUACCUUCCAAAAUACUUGAACGCCUUUCUCUUGGCAUUUGCCACUUUCGCUGUUGUAUUUGCCAUUUUCAUUGCAAAGGAUCCAAAUACAUCUCACCAUCUUUAUUUCUCAACAUCAUCUUCUUCACUAUGGACCUCUUCCUUUUCCUCCGCCUUCAUCACGGAAAAAAGGAAGAGGAACGGAUCAAAUCCAGGUUCUUUAUCCUGGAAAAGAGACAAGAAAGUAGAAGCGGAAUUAGCAACCGCGAGGGCGUUGAUCAGAGAAGCCCAACUAAAUCCUAAUUCUACAACAUCAUCUCCUCUAAGAGAUGAAGACUAUGUUCCUCAUGGCGAGAUUUAUCGGAACCCUUAUGCAUUUCAUCGAAGCUAUCUUCUUAUGGAGAAGAUGUUUAAGAUAUACGUUUAUGAAGAAGGAGAUCCACCAAUUUUUCACUAUGGUCUUUGUAAAGACAUAUACUCCAUGGAAGGAUUGUUGCUAAACUUUAUGGAAAACGAUGUUCUUACAUAUCGGACCCGAGAUCCCGACAAGGCUCAUGUCUACUUCUUACCUUUUAGUGUUGUCAUGAUUCUUCACCACCUCUUCGAUCCCGUUGUUCGAGACAAGGCUGUCUUGGAACGUGUCAUCGUCGACUAUGUUCAGAUUAUUUCCGAGAAAUAUCCGUAUUGGAACACAAGCGAUGGUUUUGAUCACUUCAUGUUGUCUUGCCAUGACUGGGGACAUAGGGCAACAUGGUACGUAAAGAAGCUAUUUUUCAAUUCCAUAAGAGUAUUAUGUAACGCCAAUAUAUCAGAAUAUUUCAAUCCGGAGAAAGAUGCUCCAUUUCCUGAAAUCAAUUUACAAACCGGAGAAAUCAACAACUUAACCGGCGGUUUAGACCCGAUGUCUCGUACAACACUGGCUUUCUUUGCUGGACAAUCACAUGGAAAAAUUCGUCCGGUUCUUCUAAACCACUGGAAAGAAAAGGACAAAGACAUUCUGGUUUACGAGGACCUACCGGGCGAAUUAGAUUACAAAGAGAUGAUGAGGAAAAGCCGGUUUUGUAUUUGUCCUAGCGGCCACGAGGUGGCUAGUCCGAGAGUACCGGAGGCGAUAUAUAGUGGAUGUGUACCGGUUCUUAUCUCGGAAAAUUAUGUUUUACCGUUUAGUGAUGUUUUGAAUUGGGAGAAAUUUUCGGUAUCGGUAUCGGUUAAGGAAAUACCGGAACUAAAAAGGAUAUUGAUGGAUAUACCGGAGGAUCGGUACAAGAAGCUAUACGAGGGAGUGAAGCAAGUGCAGAGGCAUAUAUUGGUUAAUGAUCCUCCAAAGAGAUAUGAUGUGUUUAAUAUGAUUAUACAUUCUAUUUGGUUAAGAAGAUUAAAUGUUAAAUUGUUAUGAUUAAAUGUUUAAUCUGAUUAUAGCACUCAUUUGUGACAAUUUUCCAAACCCCAAUCGAUUGUUAAUUUGUAAUCAUACGCCACCAACCUCCAGAAGUUGAAAAAUGCUAAUUAUAGCAUAAGUUUAAACCUAAUUGCUUCAUUAAGACUAGAAAAACGAACAUGACUAUGAGCAUGCACAUGUCAAGUUAAGCAUAUAGUAUUUGAUUAAAUACAAAAUGGAUGACAGAUUAGUUGGAACAUAGAGGGAAACAUGUAGUCUAGAGGAGACCAAGACAUGGAAGACUUGGACACCAUGGUUCCAUAAUUGUUACAUCACAGCUCGAUUAUUUGUUCAACAAACUUAUUAAUUAUCAUUAUACAUAUAUUGACUAAUUCUCGUGUCAUAAAUAUAUAAACUGUAAGACAACGGUAUAUUAAACAAAUAUUACUUUUGUAUCAUUAUUAAAUCUAAUUUUUGACCAAAUCAAAUAACCAAAGGUUUUGGUCUUUAAAAAAUUUAGAGUUGACAAUAAGCGUGUACCGAUCGACAACUAAGAAUCAAGAAAACACGGAAUGAUAUUAUGCAUACGAAAUUCAGACUAUACGAUUCCGUUGGUACAUGACAAUGACUCAUGAAACAAAUAAAAACUAUAAACUCAUUCCUUUAUUUAUAUUUCCACAAACUUGUGAUCUUAAAGAAGACCACAAAAUCUCCGAGACAAAAAAAAAACUAUCAAAACAUU